CUCUCGCGCUCCGUCCGCAGUGUCUCUCUCGCUCCUCAUCAUCACUGCUACACUGGGCUGGAUGAUUGCAGUGGCAGAAACAUGGCUGUGAAUCUCAGCAAGAACAGACUGGCCCUCUUAACAGCCUACCAGGACGUUAUCAACGAGACGUCGGCAACCGACUGGGCCUUAUACACAUAUGAAGACGAGAGUAAUGAUUUGAUCCUGUCUUCAUCGGGAGAUGGCGGUCUGGCAGAGAUCGCAGUCACCUUCGAUAACACUCGGAUCAUGUACGGUUUCUGCAGUCUGAAGGAGCCCACGGCCGCCCUGCCGCGCUACGUCCUCAUCAACUGGGUUGGGGAAGAUGUGCCCGAUGCCAGGAAGUGUGCCUGUGCCAGCCAUGUAGCCACCAUAGCCGACUUUUUCCAGGUGGGUCUCCCCAAGGGUGUUGACGUCGUCGUGAACGCCAGCACCAUAGACGACAUCGACCCCUCCGCCAUCGGACAGAGGCUGACCAAUGGGACGGCUCCGGUGGCCAGCCCAGUGUUGAGCCGCCUGCGAAUGAAAGACGAGGAGAACUCGGAGAACGUUGGCACCACCUACCAGAAAACUAAUGCAGAGAUCGAGAUGAAGAAGAUCAAUCGAGAGGAGUUCUGGGAACAAGCCAAGCGGGAAGAGGAGCUGAGAAAGGAGGAAGAGAGAAGGAAGAUGGCGGAGGAACGGCAGCGCUUCGAAGCCGAGCGGAUGGAGCUGGAGAGAAAAGAGCAGGAGGAUCGAGAGAAGCGAUACCGCGAGAGAGAGCAGCAGAUCGAGGAACACAGGAAGAAGAUGCUGGAGGACGAAGAGGCCAAAGAGAGGUCGAGGAAUCAACCCUUGAUUGUAAGAACAGAGCCCAGCUGUGAAGACCCGAACCUGGAGAAGAAGGAGUCAGAGGUGGAGGAGGCAGCAGCCAUCAUUGCCCAGAGGCCUGAUAACCCACGGGAAUACUUCAAGCAGAGAGAGAGAGCCAUCGCCAACAGUGUGGACAUCUCUCCAGUCUCCACGCACAGGACCGGCCGCUUGGACAGUCCAUUCUUGAGGCAGCAGCACAGUCCAUCCGAUCGCAGCCCGCCCGCCUCGCGCACUCCGCCCUGUACGCGGCGGCAGCCAGGUCCACCUGAUGACUGUACCGAAGGACUCCUGGAGCGCAGCAUGACCACUGGAUGCACUCCCAUCCCGAAAAUCGCCAUUCAGGAGGAUGACUUCUUUCGAAAGGAGUUUGCCUUCGACACUCCCAAGCAAACUCCAGUGCAGGAGUCCGGCUUCAGCAAGACCUCCCCGAGUGCGUCCCGCAGCACAGACGACAGCCUGCUAGACCUGUGGGACAGCAGCCCGGCGGCAGCCUCGGCCCCGUCCCAGACCCCCGCCCACAUCAUGGACCUGAUGGAGGACACCCCGGAGCCCCGUGUCCCCGGCUCCUCCCCUGCUCUCCCGCAGCCGCUCAUGAGCUUCGAUGAGGUACCCGACGCCCCCUACUGCACCGGCCCCGAAGAUGACCCCUCCAGCCUGGUGGACGUGUCCGGACCCCACCAGAUGACCCUGAGUUACCAGCAGGCCCUCCAGCACGCGUCCGGCUCCGGCAGCCAGGACAUGGAUGACGGACAGCUGCUGCUGACCAAUGGAGACUCGCUGCUUAAAGAAGGGACCCAGGCGAGCGAAGGCUACUUCAGCCAAUCACAGGAGGAGGAUUUCGCCCAGUCAGAAGACUGCACUGCAAAAGUCAACCCAACACCAGUUUUUUAUAACAAACCACCAGAAAUCGACAUCACGUGCUGGGAUGCCGACCCCGUGAUGGAAGACGAUGAUUAGGAGCGACCGAGGGAAACCGAAAACUGAUUUUACAACAGUUACUGAAGUCUUGCAUCAAAAUGUUUUAGAGAAAAAAACAACAACAACGUUAGCCACAGAAGAAAAGGACUCGGGUUAUUGUUAAAGAUGCCAGUGGGUAUGAGCGCUUUCGGUUGGUGUAUGUGUGUGAGAGUGUGUUUAUUAUUUAUUUCAAUCUCUUUUUUUCUUUUGUUGCUAUGCAGAGUAUAGCACAGUGCGUCUCUAGCGCUCACCUGUGUUGUAUGGAUCCCUGUGCCUAACAGGUGUGUGUAGUAGCAGAUUAGAUCUCCUUAAUCCACGCCGAGCUUACAGUAGGUCUGCUCAGCGCUUCUAUCAACUUCCCCACAAUCCUAGUUGCUUAGUCGAAUCACAUGUGUUUGAGUGUUAUGCCCACAUAUGUCUUUGCUUUGACUCAGUCGGUCAGGGAGGCUCGAACCCUCACCCCUCGUCAAAGCAAAGGCACGUCACAACUCGAUUUUAGCUUCAGUUGGGUCAGUCGUAUUUAGCAAACGGAAAAUGAAGGGGGUUUAUAUGUGAUUAUGAAACAAUUUUGUGUUGUGCCAAUUAUUUUGAGUAUGACGUGUUGGUGUAACGGCCUUUUAGGACUUUAGCGCCAGGUGGCAUAUGUAUAUUUUGACUACAUAUGAGAUAAUGUGUAUAAACAAUGGCUGAAACUGACGUUUGUUUGUUUUUUUAUGAACAACUGCAAUAGAGCUUUGAUUUGUUGAGAAACUUAGGCAAUAACAAUUGUAGUGAACUCCUUUGGGAAUUGUUUUAGUUAUAUAUGCGGUAGUGUGUGUACAUAUACAUCUAGUGUAAAGAUAAAGGGAGAAGAGAGUCCCUUAUUAUUGGGGAGGUUCAGGCCUGAAAGAUAUCCUACAGAAGUGCGCAAGCCUCGUCCCAGAUGUUAGCAUGCGACAUUACUGUGGCGUUACCAGACCUCAGUACUAAAGGAUAGUUCAGACGAAAACUCAUGUGACUUUUUCUUCUGUGGAGCAUAAAAGAAGAUAUUUUGAGAAAUCUCAGUGUUUUAAUGUCCAAAGAGCCCCUUAGAGGACAUGGAGGUGAAAACAAAAUAUAUGAUAUGGGAGGAAAAUGUUUUUUUGUGCACUCGCAGAACCUUUGCAAAAUGUUUGGGUUCAGAGUUUCUUUGGGGGAACGCAAACAUUAUCGAGAGAAUUUUUUCUCCCAUCUCAUAUUCAUGUCCUCGUAGGGUGUCCGUAAAUAAUAAUAUGAUCUUUUGUGUUUGUUUUACAGAAGAAAGAUGCAACUACAACAUGCAGGAUUGUUGGGUGUACUGUCCCUUUAAGAAGCCGAAAUGAUUGCUAUAGGCCUAUGUCACGAAAAAACUGAAGACCCUCUUUUAGUACGUCUUUUAGUAGGGAUACGGCUCAUCCGGUUAGCUUUUUCCAAUGGUGGAGUCCGAUAGAUACCGCUGGACCAAAUCUCUCCGCGACCCCCUGAAGUCACGUAUGGCGAUGUGGUUCGGAUGGUAAAUGAAAACUCUGAGGUAUGGCUGUCUACGCAACAACCACCGCGGGUAGCUCUAGCCGUUCGCCAGUGAGGUAAACGUUUCUAUGGUAACAGCGAGUUGGACCAAUCAGCAGUCGUUGCUACUACGCUUAGGAUUGUGGGUAGUGUAGUUUUUUUUCCAUAAGAUGUUUUUCUUUAAACAAGGUUGAUUUCUUCGUAGCUUGUGCUCAGUCAACCUCGGAGGGUUUCGACAUUAGGGCUGAGAAUCGAAAUAUCGAGAAAUACUAUCAAAACAAGUUUACCAGGAUUCAGAGUCUUACAGAGGAUGAGUUAUGCUAAUGCUGGCUAUAGCGCCCCUAGUGGCCGAACACAUUUUAGCGAAUGAAACGAAGCGUAGAGUAUGGCCUUGACCUUAUUUUAUCGUGGAUGUGAUUUUGAACCUUUUAUUUCUACUCUCCAAGGGAAGGAAACUCUUUAUAAUUACGCACUUCAAACCCCCCAUUAUUGAAAUAUAAUAUUAAUAUGACCCUUGUAUUUUUUGCUUGUUAAAAAUUCUUUAUCGAGGAGUGAUGUUAGGCAUUUUUUUUAAGCUAAUAUAAUUACAGCCCUUUAAAUCAGAUUUGUGACUGACUUUCACACAAGGACUAGUGCAGGGACACAUGGCCUUGCUCAAGGGCAGAAAGGUGAGAGGUCAUCUCACUAACUCAACACUGACUCGAACUGUAAUCUUUGUUGUUCCAGCCCACAUCCUUAACUUCCAAGUUAUCACCACCCACUGUCUUCCUCAUACUUUUAGUCAUUUUGAAAAGCCACAACAUCUUGGCUUUACGUCACAAAUGAUUUGUUGUUGUUGUUGUUGUUUUUUGGAGUGGAAAGGCGAGCAAUAAGACUAAACCAAUAGUAUUGUUCUGUAAAUAGCUUUAAUUUUGUUCUCAUGUAAAAUGUACUACAAUAACUAACAUGUAUUGAUUAACCACUCAUGAGAAGCGUGAGAGAGAAAACAUGGUUUCUCAGUAGGAAGUAACCCGCAUCUUUAACAGUAACUUGGCCCCUUUUGAAACGACGUCCGUGUAUUCUUGUUCACCCUCCAACCUCCUUAGUAGUGAUUAUUAUUCUCUUUCUCCCUCAAACUACUAGGAGACUACUACUACUACCGCCACUACUAUUAUUACUAUUACUACUGCUGUUCUACUACAGUCAUUUCUUCUUUGCCCCUGAAGCAAGGCUUAGCGACUCCUGAAAGUUCUUUUUUUUAAUUAUUUUUUUCUAUCUCUUCCUCUUUUUUUCGUCCGCUUCUCACACGCUGUUUUUGAAACAAGCACAAGAUCUUUUGUGACAUGCUAUGUGCUUAUGUAUGUUAAUAAAAGACUUUAAAAUCCUUCAGAA